AUGAUCGGAUUCUUGAUUAUAUUAACAAUUUAUUUGUUAUCAUGUAAAUUUGCUAUUGAAUGUGUAAUGAAAUUAAUUGCAUUAAAUUUUAAAUAUUUUACUAUUCCAUGGAAUGUAUUUGAUUUCAUUAUUGUAAUUGCAUCUGUUCUUGGACAAGCCUUAGGAGAAAUUAUGGCACAAUUUGUAGUCAAUCCAACAUUAUUACGUGUUGUUCGUGUUGCACGUGUUGGAAGAAUUUUACGUCUUGUCAAAGGAGCAAAAGGUAUUCGAACAUUACUUUUUGCAUUGGCCGUUUCAUUACCUGCUCUAUUUAAUAUUGGUCUUCUUCUCUUUCUUGUCAUGUUUAUUUAUUCAAUAUUUGGUAUGUCAUUUUUUUCUUAUGGCAGAAAAUCAGCUGGUAUAACGGAUCUAUUUAAUUUUGAAACAUUUCCCAAUUCAAUGAUUGUUCUUUUUCAAAUGUGUACAACUGCUGGUUGGUCCGGUGUUUAUCAAGCAUUAACAAAUGAUCAACCACCAGAUUGUAAUCCAACUCUAAAGACACCAUCACAUAAAGGUGAUUGUGGUGAUACAGCUAUUGCAACACCAUUUCUUGUCAGCUAUGUUAUCAUUACAUCUCUUGUUGUGGUUAACAUGUAUAUUGCAGUAAUAUUAGAAAAUUUUAGUCAAGCACAAGAAGAUGUGCAACAAGGUUUAACCGAUGAUGAUCAUGAUAUGUAUUAUGAAAAAUGGCAACGUUUCGAUCCAUUAGGUUCACAAUUUAUACGCUAUGAUCAAUUAUCAGAUUUUGUUGAUGAUCUUGAAUCACCUUUACGUAUUCCUAAACCAAACUAUUUAGUACUUAUUCGUAUGAAUUUACCAAUAUGUGAAAAUGAUCGUAUGCAUUGUGUCGAUAUACUUGAUGGUCUAACAAAAUAUUUUCUUGGUACACUUGAUACAGAUGUAACAAGUAAUGAAAAUGAUGCAUCAAACGAAAUAAAGAACGAUCGUCCUAACGACUAUCAUCCAAUAUCGACAACAAUACAGCGGCAACGUGAGCUUUACUUAAGUCGUUUAGUACUACAACGUUUUCGAAACAAUGCUGAACGACGUCAAAAUCAACGGAAACAUGAAGACUCCGCAUUUGAAAUAAUUGAAAUUAUUUAA